AUGCAGCUCCGGACGCAAUACCUGCUGCUCCUCGUCGUCUUUUGUGUGAUUGCUAGGGGCAUGGUGAAGUCUUCUUUCGGCUCGAACAUGUGCGUCUUGCUGCUCGUGUGUGUAGCCAUGUACUACUACUGCACAAAACAGAACGAGCAGUGCGUGUAUGACGAGAUCGCUCGUCAACAAGCCGAGUCGAUCGCCAAGAUGGACGCUCUGCGUGGGAUGGGCGACGGUAAAGUAACGGAUUACACGUUGGCGAUGCGCAGAACCUCCUUCAAGCUCGACAACAUCGACGCGGGCGUCAUCACGGAGCGCAUUCGAGGGUACUCGAGCAAGUUUGGUGGGUCUCGUAAGGACCGCCAGAAGUUUCUUCGAAAGAACUCGAAGACAAAGAGGGGGGACGUCGGCGUUGAAGACUUGGCCUUGGCAGCGCUGACAAAGUCUUUACUGGUAAGUGAGCCGUCGGAGUCGGAGAUCAAGCACAAUAUUGGAGCGAUAGUUGAGGAGGCCGUUGAUGCCACAUUGUAA